CACAGAGACGUGCAGACGUAGCCAUGGAGACCGCCCAGUAGAGUUCUCCCAGCGAGUGUUUCCGCUCACCUAAAAUAAAGAGCUGCCUGGUAGCGAGUCGAGGACUAGGAAACAACGGAGGAGCGGGACUCUCACGGACGCUAGACGACGAAGAAGACGCUGUAUUUGUUUUUUUUUUCUUUCUGACAUUUAUUCCCCCCACAUUCUGGGUCGGUUGUCUCCCGUUUACUCAACCGUUAAUGCCUCGAAUGUGAACCUUAGAGAGGAGGGCUCGCCGCUUGUAACCUUUACGUUGGUUAAGCCAUAGAGGACUCUCCCUGGUUGUCGGAGGAAAAGAUGUGCGAUGGAAUGGUAGCGUUUCAGACGAGAGCCCCGUCCUCCUCUCCUUCAUCCUCUUCCUCCACCUCCUCCUCCUCCUCCUCCUCCUCUCUAGCCCACAGGCUGGCUGCCUCCACGCUUCUCCUCCUCUUCUUCCUGCUCCCUUACGGUCAUGCGUCAGUAUCUUCAGGUUGUGCGCAGCCGCCCAGCGUGGAGCACGGCUACCUGCUGAACCAGACCGAGUCCAACCGGGGCUCUUUUCCCCCCGGCGCCCUGCUAACGUACGGCUGUGAGCACGGGUACGCCGCAGAUGGACCCGCCGCCAUCCUUUGUAUCAGUUCUGGAGCCUGGUCCCCUCAGCCUCCGCAAUGCAUCAGAAGCAGCGUGUGUGCACCUCCCACCGAGCCGGAGAACGGGGGCUACCGCUGUCACCCGUCCCCCUGCCACCGCCUCACCCAGAAGACCGUCAUCGAGUACUUCUGCGACGAGGGCUACGCCCUGAAGGGAGACUACAAGUUCCUCACCUGCGAGAACGGCGAGUGGGACGGUCCCAUGCAGAUCAGCUGCCGACUCACGCAAGACAAGGAGCCGAGCACCACUCUGGGUAUCCCGGCUCUGUCCAUCGUGGCGUCCACGGCUAGUUCUGUGACAUUCAUCCUGCUGUUAGUGGUGCUGUUUGUUCUCGUGCAGCCAAGACUCAAGUCCUUCCACCACAACAGGAGGGAGCAGGGCGUCUCGGGCCAGUCCAGCUCCAUCAUGGUGGAGGGCGUCCAGGUGACCCUGCCCUCCUACGAGGAGGCCGUGUACGGGAGCGGCGGCCCCUGCGGAGCCUCCGGCCCCCCUCCCUCUCCGCCGCCUCCCCUGGCGCCCCCGGAGGCCCGGGUCCCGAUCGUGCUCUCCGAGGGCCUCCCCCAGGGGGCGGCGGGGGGCCACGGCUCCGGCAGAACUCGCCACCACAGAGACUUAGACUUCUGCCUCCCGUCCACCUCCUCCUCCUCCUCCUCCUCGUCGUCCUUCUCAGCCCGCCGCCACGCAGAGACGGUGCUGGUUCAUCACGGCCCCCCGUCCUCGUCGUCGUCGUCCUCCUCCUCCUCUUCGUCGUCGUCGUGGGCCAGAGAGCACCCCGGGGGUGCGUGCGCGGGCCCCCUACCUCUCCGUAGAGACUCCGAGAGCAGCGACCAGCACAGUCUGCUUUCUGUCACCUCUGCUGAUGAGUUCUCUGACGAUAUCCCCCUGUUGAAGGAAGCAUGAAGCCUGCUAUCAGCAUCAGCAGCAGAGCCUCUCUGUCCCCUAUCACUCGCUGCUGGCCAGGACUGACUGUGGCUGUCAACCUACUCCCCCCCCAUCACCCACCAACCCACCACCCCAUCUCCUCCCCCAGCAGCAGCCAGCAGAGAGAAAAGACUAGAACAAUGCCCAUUUUCUCCCCCCAUCGCAGCCUCUUUUGCCAUCGCCCGACAAACCCCCGAUACCCACCCUGCAGCGACAGAGCACCACGGGACCCAGCUGUACCGGAUCAAAACUAAAGACAAGCCAGGCAAACAAAGCGACGUCGGCUCCGCGCGAAUCCUCUAGAUCCAGCGCAGAAGAGUUUAAAAAAAAAAAAAAAAAAAAAAAAAUCGCGUGCUAUCAUAGGCUGCGCAUCGCCACACACUUGCCUCUGCCCAGGUGCAGUUCUCCGUCUUUUUAACGUUUGCGCACAGAAGGCUUUAGCAAUCGAGACACAUCGACUCUGUCUGGGAUUUACUGCGGAUACAGAGAAAAGAGAAGAGAAAAAGAAAAGAAAUAACUUGUGAUCUUCGCUCCUGAUGCUGCGGCGCUCAGAAUUGUCUUCCCCGCUGUACUUGAAAAGUUCCGAGUGACGCCUGAGUUUUUUUCGCGACCCUCUUCGUGAAUGCUGCAUGUUGUUUUUUUUUUGUUUUUUUUGUUUGUUUGUUGUUAGUUUUUUUUUCCAGUUAACUGCUGUCACAGCACGGCGGCCCCGCUCCGAAACGAAAGCACGAAUCCUCCUCCGUCUGCCUCCAGCUAUCUGCGCAUACCGGGGGAUGAGGAGGAGUGGCAGCCACUUCUCUGAAAAGCAGGGCGCAGUGCAUCACAACCAUAAACGCACCUUGCUCCUUCUGUUUUGUUUUUUGUUUUUUUCUCUCUUUUCUGUUGCCAGCUGCACCCGAAAUCUGGAAGGUGCCACUUCUGUCGCAUGAGUGGGUUUGAUUGGUGUUUUGGUUCACACGUCUCACCUGUUUAAAAAAAAAAAAAAAAAAAAAGGGAGGACGUGAUGCUACUUUCCUCCGAGCUGAAGAGAGUCGUUGUUGAAUACGGUGAUUUGGGUACAUGACUGGUGUUUAGCCUCUUCCUUCCCACUGUAUUUAUUGUUUGAUGUGUGGCUCGGCGUGUGUUUCUGAAUGUGUGUGUGUGUGUGUGUUCGUCAUAUGGCAGGCCUUGAUACAGCCAUUUCCCUGAGUUGACCUCUCGUCUGAUCCGAGCCCCCCCACCCUCCUUCACAAUGCCCCCGUCUUUCAGCGACGAGGAAACAUCCCUCCCAGCGUUCAGCAAGUCACAUGGACAAAUCGGCAUCACUUCAGCCACACAGAGUGUGUAUUAUCCCUCCGCUCUCGAGCUAAACACUUAUUAUUUCCUGCUGAAUGACUGUAAAACACUUAGAGAAACUGGCUCGCAUCCAUCUCCUCACUGAACGUGAAGACUCUCCACUUUUUGUGCGUUAUUCGACGCAAGCUGCAACUGGUUGCAGUGGAAACAAUAAUGAUGAUGAUGGUGAUGAUGAUGAAAGUUUUGUUAUAUAGCACCCAGCCCCCGCCGCGUGCACCCGGGCCACUUCUCUAAAGCCGAGCGCAGACUCGAGAGGGUAUCGUGUUAUUCUGUUAGAAGUCAUCCUCUGUUUUUUUUUCGUUGCCUCUCGAAGGGAAGCGUUUGGCAGUUGAGCCGGUCGCCGUGGAAACAGCAUUGGAUAUUGAGAAUUCGCACUCGACAACAAGCAGUUUUUUUUAUUUGGCAUUCGUGGUCUGUCAUUGUCAACAGCUACAUUAAUAAUGCAAACAAAAUGCCUUAGACUUGUACAUUUUCUUUCUUUUUUCUUUCUUUUUUUUUUUUUUUAACGUAUAAUCUUAAGCCUCUGCAUCGGUUGCUUCACAACACCACGAACAUGUUCUGUUUUCCCAAAGGCCUUACUCUGUUCUUUUCUAUUCUAUGCAUAAAACUGUCUUUGUGUAUUUAUCAAUGAGUUUGCUGUGGACGCGACUAAACGAAUGUCCAUACAUUUCUGUCCUCCCCUUAGCUUCUCCGGCCACUGUGGCGGUGAUGAUGAUGAUGAUGAUGAUGAUGAUUACGAUGAUGACGAUGAACCUAUAAGCACCUGUGUUUCACUACUCCUCCGCUUCUCUUUCACGACAAGGCAUUAAAAUAUAACGGGAUUCAAAAAGAACGUUUUUACUUUGAAGCACUGUUGCACGGUGUUGCUUCUUCCCCGAAAAGAACAGAUUUUUUUGUUUUUGUUUUGUUUUUUUUUUAAAAAAAAGUACACAUCUCAAUUCUUUGUUUCGACGCUUUCAGCUUCGUUUUUUUUCUUUUCCUCUGUACAUGGCAAGUGGGUGUGAAGAUAGUAAUUUAAUAUUUGUAUAAAGUUUAAUUUAAUUUUACAGUGUGUAUAUAACUUUCUAAUUAAAGCUUUCUUUUGAAUGUGGAA